AUGUCAUAUAGUUACAGCUUUAAACUUAUAUUGAUAGGUGAUUCAAGUUUUUAUAAAAUAUAUUCUAUUUAGGUGUUGGUAAAUCUUGUCUUGUUAAGCAAUGCAAUAGUAAAUGCAUAAAAAAUAACGAUGUCACUAUUUGUAUGGAAAUCAGUACAAGCAUUAUAAUGUUGGAAGAUUAGAGUAUUUAACUACAAAUUUGGGAUACAGUAUUUUUUAAAUCUAUAUUAAAUAGGCAGGAUCAGAGACUUACAGGUCGAUUACUCGUUCUUAUUAUCGAUCCACUGCUGGUGUAAUAAUAGUCUAUGAUAUCACUAAUAAAGAAUCCUUUAAAAAUGUUUCUCAAUGGUUUGAAGAUGUUAAGGAACAUGGAAAUAAUCCUCAAAUGACUUUUACUAUUGUUGGUAAUAAAAGCGAUUUAGAAGCAGAGUAAAUUAUCUAUUCCUAAUCUUUAGUCGACAAGUUUCAAAAGGAGAAGCAAUAACAUUUGCAAGAAAUAAUGACAUGGAAUUUAUAGAAGUGAGUGCUUUGAUCGGGAAUUAUGUAGAAGAUGUAUUUCUUAAGACUGCCAAAUAAAUUUUAGAAAAAAUUAAUAAGAAUGAAAUCGACCCAUAAAAUGAAAUUCAUGGAAUCAAAAUUGGAAGAGAAAAUGGAAUUGAUGAUUCUUUUAUUAGUAAUAAUAAUAAUACUCAAUAAUUAUAAUCAAAAUCAAAAGAUUAGGAAAAAAAAAGCUGUUGUUGA